AUGUUGUUCUAUUUGACAACAUUGAAUCUCUCGAGAUUCUUAAGUGAGGAUGCUCCAAAGCUGCCUGAAGGCUUAACUGAUGCACAAGCUGUCAGUGCUAUUAAUGCUUGGAAGCACUCCGAUUUCCUUUGUCGAAAUUAUGUCAUGAACUGCUUGCAUGACUCGCUGUAUAACGUGUAUCAAAUACACAAGACGACGAAGGCAUUAUGGGAAUCCUUAGAUUGGAAAUAUAAAACUGAAGAUGUCGGGGCAAAAAAAUUUGUCGUUGGAAAAUUUCUAGAAUAUAAAAUGGUGGAUUCCAAAACUGUUAUCAGUCAAGUGCAAGAAAUUCAGAUUAUCUUGUAUGAGAUUCUAGUUGAAGGCAUGAUUUUGAGUGAAACCUUUCAAGUAGCUGCUGUUAUUGAGAAGCUACCUUCUGGGUGGAAGGAUUUCAAGAACUAUCUCAAGCACAAGCGCAAAGAAAUGAGUAUGAAAGACCUUAUCGUUAGACUUCGAAUUGAAGAAGACAACAGGGAUUCUGAUUGCAAGGCAACAACUUCUGUUGAUGCUAAAGCAAAUAUUGUGGAGUAUAAGCAAGGGCAAAACUCCAAAGGUCACAAGUCCACUGAAUGUAAGCUUCCAAAGAAGAAGAAGCAUGAAGCAAACUUGGUUGAUAGAAUCGAGGGAGACAUGGAAAACAUGAGCCUGACUGCUAUGGUCUCUGAAGUAAAUAUGAUAGGGUCAAAUCCGAAAGAAUGGUGGAUUGACACUGGAGCUACAAGACAUGUUUGCACAAACAAAGACCUGUUCACUACCUUCGAAAAAAUUGAAGGUGAAAAAAUGUUCAUGGGGAACUCUGCCUCAUCUGCUACUGAAGGUCAAGGAAAGGUGUUGCUAAAGAUGACUUCUGGCAAAACAUUGACUAUGAACGAUGUUCUGUAUGUGCCAGAAAUCCGCAAGAACCUUGUUUCUGGAUCAUUGCUGAACAAACAUGGCUUUCGCAUGAUUUUUGAAUCGGAUAAAGUUCUAUUAUCAAAUUUGGGAUGUAUGUAG